CCGACAAAACCAAAAGCCAACACUAAGUGCCAAUGUGGUAUACAAAGAAUAACAUGAAUCUUGACGCUGUCACACAUUUGGUGAAUCAUGAAUCCGCUGAUGUGCAUCCAUAUGGCCCGUUCGACGGACACAAGAACGACCCUCGUGUAUUCAACCUAUUCAAUGGGUCUCCUCAUGUGUAUGACCCUGAGUAUGUAAUCAAACAAGAGCGAGUUGAUGUGUGACUCGAUCAUUACAAAUAUGUGCUAUCUGAUAGUAAUGAUGCUAUGUAUCAGUUCUUUGUGAAGUACUUUGCUCAUCUGAUCCAAAAGCCACAUGUGAAGAUGGUUCCUCUCAUCAAAUGAACGCAGGGGUAUAUCAAGAAUUCCGCAUUUGAUAUCUUUCGUCGUUUUGUGAUUGGCCCCCAGAGUAGUCUUGUGUGUUCGUCAAUGGAGCGUAUCACUGCUCGAUUCAACAGUAUUCGACAGAGCAAGCUAUCAAUUGUAUCAACGAAGCUUUUGACUCAAACAAUUGCUCGAUGAAUAAUCAAAUGAAGAGUUACAUCACCGACGAUCGCACGCAGAUUGAACGCAAGGGGCUCAAAACUCCAUUCUUCUAAUCAGGCUUCGCAAACUUCAAAUUCAGGAUCCGCGUCAUCGCGCAGCAGAAAGUAAAGUAUCUUCGUCUUCCUUCAAAUCAAGCUUCUUAAUAAUGCCAUUUAUCCGCUUGACCGCCAUGUUCCGCGCAGAUAAAGCAGCUGACGGGGCAAAGUAUGAUUAUCCGUCCCCAAAGAAAGCAACGCUCAUGUGAUAGUUUGUCAUCUUGUCUCCUGUCAGCUCGUCGUCCGCUCAACCAUCCCAUAUAAGAGCAGCGAGCGUACCCCUA